GUCUUCAGGUCUGUGGUCGUGGGCACCGAUCAAGCUAAGAAAAGGAAAGGCCUGCAGUAUCAGUGCAGGACAAGCGGCAAAGGAAAAUCGCAACAUGGAAAAGUUCUUCAAAGAAAUCGAAGGAAAGCCAGAAAACAAGGGAAGGGCAGAAGAUGAAGGAAAUCCAGAAGAAGGAGGAAACGCAGACAGAGACAAGUCCGAUGCAGACGGGAAGCCUGCACGCCAGGGGAAGCUAGAGGAGGGAGGGCCAGGUGAGCAGGGACAACAGAAAAGUGAGGGGAAGCCAGAAAAUCAGGGAAAGUCUGAAGGGGAGGGCAAGCGCCAAGGAGAGGGCAAGCCAGCCAGUGAGGCGCGGGCUGCUGAAAAGCGCCCUGCUGAAGAUUACGUGCCGCGGAAAGCCAAGCGAAAAACAGAGGAUUCUCCCAAGAACUCCCAGGAGGACUUCCAGGACAGGCAUGUCAGCAGUGAGGAGAUGAUGAGAGAGUCUGCAGAUGUGACCAGGGCGCAGGAAGAGCUGAGGAAGAGGCAGAGAAUGGGAGGUUUUCCCUGGUUGCCAAGAGAUUCUGCACAGGAUGCUCUAGUUCCCAGGGGCCAACGCGGAGUCAGGGGAGUGAGGGGCGGAGGAGGCAGGGGCCAGAAGGACUUGGACGACGCUCCCUUUGUUUAAUGCCUUUGGCCUUUCCUUCUGAUUUCUCUGAUGGGAAAUAUUGCCAGCCCUGCUUUCCCUGGCAGGCAUUUGCCAGGCUCUGUGCUUCAACCCUGUGCUGAUAUUUUCCUUUAGGUGUCACUCUUGUUACCAGCAGACAGCACUAUGUCUUUUAGUAAUGGACUUUCACCCAUGUGCA